AUGUCUGUACUACAAUAUAUAACUAGUCAAAGGGGAAAAAAAUUAUUAGUAUACAACAAUUAUAUUCAUAGACAGGACAGACGAGAUGAAAACAAAAUAAUUUGGAGGUGCAAUGGAAAUCAAAAGUGCUCAGGACGGGUCCAUGUAUCAGAAAAUGAUAUUGUAUUGAAAUAUGUAGACCAUAGUCAUUUAUCAGACGUUGCUAAAAUUCAAGCAAAGAAAACAGUUGAAGGAAUGAAAACUCUUGCUAAAGAAAACAGUUUAACAACUCGUGCCAUUCUUGGAGAAGGCUCUUCACAGGUAAUAAUACAAUAA